AUGCCGGGGCCCAAGGACAUCAGGAUGCUGCCUUUCGGCGCCGGGACGAGGCAUUGCCCGGCCAUGGGGCUGGGUUUGGUUCACGUCAGGCUCUUGCUCGCCGCAUUAGUGCGUGCGUUCCAGUGGGCAGUGCCGGCAACAGGUGCUGGUGGUGCUCCUGUUGACCUCACCGAAGUGGACGGGUUCGUCAAGCACAUGAAGACGCCGCUCAUGGCGCGCAUCACGCCGCGCACGUAG